AUGUCGGGUUAUCCCUUACCCCUGAACCCAUUCCCCGGCUUUUUCGCGGUUGCUCGGACUGGCAUCUUCUGGGAUAUAGACCAAUUCAAGAUUGAUGCUCAGAGCAAUGCUUAUUCCACUGCGCAGAACAUCAGAAGGACGCUUUCUGUGGCUGGUCAUCUUGGUAAAGUUGAGAUCAUGGCUUAUGGCGUUGAUGAUGGUCAUGACUUCAAGGAGGAAGCUAAGUUCACUUCCUUUCCAGCAGGAGCUGACACUGAUCGGCACACCAAGAUGCUCGAAGACAUUCGUGUCUGGUCAUCUAAUAGUCCCAGUCCAUCAAACCUGUUCCUUAUCAUGGGAGACUCCGCAGUUGAUUUCAAACCCGUUAUUGAAUCUCUGGUGAGCUCGAGACAUUACAAGAUUCACUAUGUCAAACCAUAG